CCCAUGGAAGGGGUUGAACCCAAUGCAGGUUGUGGAGCUGUUGGGUUUCAAAAUAGACGGCUUGAAAUUCCAGAAGAUGUUGAUCCAGUAGUAGCACAAAUUGUAUGUGAUUGUUGGCAAACGGAGCCACACUUGCGACCAUCAUUUUCACAGAUCAUGUCUCGUCUCCGCCACCUUCGGCGUCUAGUUGUUAGAACAACCAAUCCAACUGACAAAUUAAAUGAAGUUGUCCUAGUAGAGAGCAAUUGAGAUGAUAGUUGUUGCUUGGUUCGAAGAGCCAGGGCAGCUGAAGUCUUUUACUUUUGUGCUUUCAAAUGAAGACAAGAAAAGCGGAGCAAGAGCCAACAUCGAGAGCGGCUAAAAAUUUACCUAUUGACAGAUACGGGGAGAUUACUGAAUUGGGAAGUGCAAGGCUCAUUCAAAGCGAUGGGCGCAAGCAACCAUGAGAAUAGAGUAAAAACCCUUUCGAGUACCUGCAUGAGUCCGGUGGAGGUUUGGUUUUAUACAGCUCAACAUCCACGAACUGUAAUUUUUUUUAAAAAAAAAAAGGCUUAUGUUUUUCUUGGAGAACUUGAUGGCAAUUGUAUCUAUGUAAAGUCUAGUCAGUUUUAUUUAGCAUGAGUUAGAGUAGCGACAACUAGUUGUCCUGAAAAGAGAGAAGGGACAACUGAAUAUUUUUCG